GGGCCGGAAGCGGGAUGUGAUGUAAAAAUUACAUUGAAACUUUUUUUCCUUGUGUGCUGAUUCUCCGAUCCAUUGUAAUACACCGAGAAUCAUCCACUUUUUUUGCGAUAAUGAUCCGGAAAUUUUAAUCAACAAGCGUGUCCGAAGGCCAGUCGAGCUGAGAAAGUCUAUUGUCUGGAUCCCGUCAAUAACUCAAAUCAGAGAUGUAGCCUCUGUCUACAUCUGUCCUCAGACAUUUAAGGCCCACCAUGCUGUUCUAUCUGCUGCUGGUCUUUCAAGCCAAUGCCAAUGCCCAGAUCGACCCAGCACACUGCCGUUACCCGCUUGGCAUGGAGGAUGGCCGGAUCAAAGACCAUGACAUCACCGCCUCCAGCCAAUGGUACGAGACCACUGGGCCACAAUAUGCCAGGUUGAACCGGGAGGAGGGUGACGGGGCGUGGUGCCCAGCGGGACUCCUACAGCCCUCUGACACCCAGUACCUGCAGGUCGACCUGGGCCGGCUCACCUUCCUGACAGUGGUGGGAACCCAGGGCCGCUAUGCCCGGAACUCGGGUAAAGAAUUUGCCCGCAUGUACCGCCUGAACUACAGCCACGACGGCCAGCUCUGGAGGUCCUGGAAGAAUCGUCUUGGCAAUAAGACGAUGGAGGCGAAUGACAACGCCUAUGUCUCUGUGAUCAAAGACCUUCACCCGCCCAUCAUCAGUCGCUACAUCCGUCUCAUCCCCGUCACCAAGAUGCCCACCACUGUGUGUAUGAGACUGGAGCUGUACGGCUGCCCCUGGCACGACGGCCUGACGUCAUACAGCUCUCCUGAAGGUCAGCUGAUGAUGCCUCCUGGGUAUCCCAUUGCCAGCCUCAAUGACUCCACAUACGACGGCGCCCGCGAACGAAGGAAACUGUCCGGGGGGUUGGGUCAGCUGACGGACGGUGUGAUUGGUCAGGAUGACUUCCUGGUGACGCGGCAGUACCAUGUAUGGCCUGGAUACGACUAUGUGGGCUGGAGGAACGGGAGUCUGAGCUCUGGCUAUGUGGAGAUGGAGUUUGUCUUUGACAAGCAAAGGAACUUCACCUCCAUGAAGGUGCACAGUAACAAUAUGUUCUACCACGGGGUGAAGAUCUUCUCCUCCGUGUCCUGCUCCUUCAAGCCCCGCCUCAUCGCUAACUGGGAGGCGGAGCCGGUGGAGUUCCGUACGGUGCUGGACGACCGCAACCCCAGCGCUCGCUAUGUGACCGUGCCUCUGGGACGCCGUAAUGCCAAGGCCCUGCGCUGCCGCUUCCACUUCGCUGAUGUGUGGAUGAUGUUCAGCGAAAUCUCCUUCCAGUCAGCAGACACCGUGAUUCCUACUCAGAUAACCCCGGUGGUGACAUCUUCCUGGCCCAAGGAGGAGAGCUCCAUGCCCACCACCCACAAGACUGUGACAAACCCAUCAGCCAAGUACCAACCGGAUGAUGGGAACACCCCUAUUCUGAUUGGCUGUCUGGUGACGAUCAUCCUGUUGCUCGUAGUGAUCAUCUUCCUGAUCUUGUGGUGCCAGUAUGUGUGCAAGGUGCUGGAGAAGGCUCCACGCCGUAUCCUCGAGGAGGAGGUCACUGUGCGCCUGUCCUCCAGUAGUGACACCAUCAUUCUGCAGACCCCUCCCGUGCCCCCCCGGGUCUCUCAGAUGGACCACCCGUACGAGCGUGUCUUCCUCCUGGACCCUCAGUACCAAGACCCGGCCGGCCUCAGGAACAUGCUGCCUGAACUGUCUCGGAGUGCAGAGACCUCAGCGUGUGGUGGGGGCUAUGCGGAGCCCGAUGUCACCCAGUGCACGCCUCACCAGUGCUUCCAGAACAGCGUGCCGCACUACGCCGAGACAGACAUCGUGAGCCUGCAGGGUGUGACCGGCAGUAACAUGUAUGCCGUGCCUGCACUCACCGUCGACUCGCUCACCCGCAAGGACAUCUCCGUGGCAGAGUUCCCCCGCCACCGGCUGCUCUUCAGGGAGAAGCUGGGGGAGGGGCAGUUUGGGGAGGUCCACCUGUGUGAGGCUGAGGGUCUGCCUGAGUUUCUAGGGGAGGGCGCCCCCCUUCCCGACCGAGACGGACGACCUGUACUGGUGGCGGUGAAGCAACUGAGGGCAGACGCCACCAACAACGCCAGGAACGACUUCCUGAAGGAGAUCAAGAUCAUGUCGAGGCUCAACGACCCGAACAUCAUCCAGUUGCUGUGUGUGUGUGUGAGCUCAGACCCACUGUGCAUGGUGACUGAGUACAUGGACAACGGAGACCUCAACAUGUUUCUGUCACAGAGAGAGAUGGAGAGCACCCUGACCCACGCCAACAACAUCCCCGCAGUCAGUUUGUCAGACCUCCUGCACAUGUCAGUGCAGAUCUCGUCCGGCAUGCGGUACCUGGCCUCUCUGAACUUUGUGCACCGAGACUUGGCCACACGCAACUGCCUGCUGGACCGCAGACUCACCAUCAAGAUAGCAGACUUCGGCAUGAGCAGAAACCUGUACAGCAGUGACUACUACCGCAUCCAGGGGCGAGCUGUGCUGCCGAUCCGCUGGAUGGCCUGGGAGAGCAUUCUACUGGGUAAGUUCACCACGGCCAGCGAUGUGUGGGCCUUCGGCGUCACCCUGUGGGAGAUCUUCACUCUGUGUAAAGAGCAGCCCUACAGCCUACUGUCAGACGAACAGGUCAUCGAAAACACUGGCGAGUUCUUCCGAAACCAGGGCAGACAGAUCUUUCUAUUCGCCCCACUGCUCUGUCCUCCCUCUCUAUUUGAGCUGAUGAUGCGUUGUUGGGACCGCGACAUCGCCGAUCGACCCACCUUCGAGGGGUUGUACCAGGCCUUACGACCACACGUGGUCCAGUGAACUUUGAACCCUGGCACAACCAACGGGCUGUCCUGAGUGAGAGGUCCCUUUUGCCUGAAUACUCUUCUCUUAACCCCUCUGACUGACAGACAGAAGGACAGACGGACAAACAUACGGACAGACAGAGAGACAGACAUACAGACAGCGGGGAGGACUGGAAGAGAAUGCAGCGAUGUUGUCAUUUUGAGAGAGCAGGAAGUGGGUUGAGGUUAUCACUUCCAGAAUGUGGACCACUUCUUUCAUCUUUCACAUUCUUCAGUGAUGGACCUUUAAUCAUAUAAAAUCCAUGAAAAAAAAGCUGUCACCUUUUUGUCUGUUGAUGGUUUGUGUAAAUUGAAUUCUGUUCAUCCAUCUUUAUACAGUAUGUUGUGUUUUCAUGUUGUUUUUGUAUGGUAGGCCUACCAAAGAAAUCAUAAUAUCCCUAAUACCUGGCCUAGUAAGAAAUCAAUAACUGGACAAAUGCUUUUGUCUUGAGGUCCUGUGUUUUUUUUUGUGUAAAGCACUGCUGCCUGGUUGUCUUCCAUUUAUCCAUGAUAUGUUCCUUUCAUUAUCCCCACACUGGACUAUGGUCAUUUUGAUUUGUUUGACUCAGAUUUUAUUGUCCUUUUUUAAUAUGAAUGUUAUAUAGGUCAGUUUGGAUAAGGCCUUUGGCUAAAGCAGAACUACUGUCAUAGCUAGAAUAGGACCCUAACCCUCUGACCCUGACCCUAACCCUAACCCUGCUUUAGAGAGGGUUGGGGAGCCACAAUGGACUGAUGAUGAGGAAUAGAAAGCACUGUCCCCUUGGAGAUGUCUACUGCAAGGCACUGUCCCGCUGGAGAUACCCACCGCAAACUGUGCAGCCUUAUCAGAUAGCAUUAAAGCUAGUUAGCAUUAUUAGAUAUCAUUAGCUAUCCCCUACAGAGAUUCAGUCAUCUGGAUUGAGUAGCUGGAGGCUGGUUAGCUUUGGUCCAGGGGCGUUUGUGCGCGUUCCAGUGGAGGAACACGCACUGAUGGUGACGUGGACCAGAGCUAGAAGCUGGACAACAGUGACGUGGACCAGAGCUAGAAGCUGGACAACACUCUUUUUGAGUAUACAGUAGCUAGCAUGUUGUUGUGGCCAAGCCUCUGACCACACAGUAGCUAGCAUGUUGCUGUGACCAAGCCUCUGACCAUUCAGUAGCUAGCAUGUUGCUGUGGCCAAGCCUCUGACCAUUCAGUAGCUAGCAUGCUGCUGUGACCAAGCCUCUGACCAUUCAGUAGCUAGCAUGUUGCUGUGGCCAAGCCUCUGACCAUUCAGUAGCUAGCAUGUUGCUGUGGCCAAGCCUCUGACCAAACAGCUGUUGUGUUCACAGCUCCGCCUUCAGAUGAAUUGAGCCAUAGCAAUAGAAUUACUGCUGUACUUCCCUUCACCUGUUCUAGUACACAUAUUUCUAUGAUUGUAGCUGGCUUACAUAGAAUUCAUUCUGAGUUGCAGGGGAUUGAAAUGAAGGUUAACCUUAAUUGUGGUUGUAAAUAUAAUUGAAAAGCUAUCUCUGUAGAUGUCACAUGUCCAUUGGGGAGAUCAAUCGAUGUUGUCAUGUUAGUGUAAAAGUUUUAAAAAGCCAAGUUUUACUUUUUUUGUUAUUUCAAAACGUUAUUCCCCCCCCUCUAUUUUAAGUACAUUUUUUUGUAUUGCUGCAUCCUCUGUUGCCACAAUAUCUGAGUGAAUGAACAUCAAGUGUUUAAUAGUGGCUGACACCAUAGAUCUCAACAUUGAAAUCAGCUUCCGACAUUUCUUGUGUUGUCAUUGUUAAGGUUAUUAACAUUAAUGUUAAUGUGUUGUUCACCUGUACUGUAUCUGAUGCUUCAUGGUGUGUCUGUGUCUGCUGGGAGGUAGGGCUCUGCUGGGAGGAGGGGCUCUGCUGGGA